UCAACCAGUGUUGAGUUUAGAGGGUCUCUCUCUACCGGGGUGACAAGUCCGAGCACAGGAGCAACCGAGGGGAAGUAGCUGCCAUUUGAAGAAAAACCCACACUUUUCAUCGUUUCACCGCUGGAUACGUUACUCGCCCUGGGGUUGGAUUAACUUAAAACCACUCUUUUUUAGUUUUUAUUUUUAAUUUGCUUUAGAAAACACAAAAACUCACCGAAGACAAUGGGAUCCCAGGCAACCAAAGGAGAUGUGGCCGCGGAGGCAAACGCUGCCGCCGCUGAUGCCGCAGCUGUCAAAACCAACGGACAGGAGAAUGGACAUGUGAAAACCAAUGGCGAUGUCUCCACAAAGCCUGAUGGGGACGCUGCCGCCACCAAUGGCUCAGCUGAGGCAGCCAAGGAGACCGAAGCCGGCGCAGGAGGCGACGCUAUUGAGCCGGCGCCCGCUGCAGACGGAGAGGCAGCCAAACCUGAAGGCGAGGCUGCAGCUAAGGAGACCCCCAAAAAGAAGAAGAAGAAGUUCUCCCUGAAGAAGUCCUUCAACUUCAAACUGAAUCUGAAGAAGAGCAAGAAGAGCGAGGCUGUCAAAGAGGAAGCGGCUGCGGCUGCGGCCACCCCCGCUGAGGAGAAGCCCGCCGAGAACGGGGCUGCCGCUCCUGCGGAGGAGAAGAAGGAGAAGGAGGAGGAGGCCAAGGAGGUGAAGGAGGAGGCUGCCGCUGCGGCCGAGGCCCCAAAGGCAGAGGAAGGCCCUGCUAAAGAGGAGGCCCCCAAGGAGGAGGCCAAGGAGGCAGCUGCUCCGGCCCCUGAGGCCACAAAACCAACAGAGGAGAGCAGCUCGACCCCCGCUCCUCUCUGAAAAGAAAGAGUGAUUGUACGUUUAGCUCACAAUGAACUGGGUGAACUGUUUUUCAAGAGAGAGAGAGAAAAUUUAAGAGUAUAUAUAUAUAUUUAUAUAUAUGUGUGUAUAUGUAUACAUAUGUAUAUGGAUAUAUGUAUAUGUAAAUAUAUACACAUGUAUGUGAGAGACUCCUUUGACGUGCCACUUUUCGUCAUGAUAACAAGAUGACAGACUAGAUUCACUAGAUCACUUCCCUGGUUACUGCUCGACAUCUGGACCCGGACUGAGUUUUAGGCUGUGGGUUGGUCACUAUGUGGAAAAUGGAUUUUAAUGGCUAGAGCACGAGCUGAUGGCACCAUGAAGUAUAGACGGAUGGAGGAUGGAUGGAGAAGGAUGGAGUCAAAGCAUCUUUUCCCUAAAAAUCUGCAGAUAAAGAUGCCUCCUUGCUGAAGGAAUGAAGCUACAUAUGAUAUUAGGACACCACCACCACUUGAAAUGACUGUUGAAUAGUGAAAAAAAAAAUGAAAUCAGAAAAUUAAAGAGACUCGCCAACUUUUUACAUUCCUAUAUUUUAACCCAAAUUUGAAGUAUUUUGUGGUGUAUUAUAGAGAACCAUCUUAAAGAUUCAGAGAAGCUAUUACUUGUUUGUUUAAAGAAAAAAAAAUAGACAAUUUUGAUUUUUACCUUACUAUGAAAAAAGAACACUUAAGCUUGCUAUCUUCACUGUUGCGGUUUGAUAUGAAGCAGAGUUGUUUAUCUGUCGUGUGUGAGCCUGAAUCUGCUUUGUCUCUGUAAAUACAUUGGAUUGAUUUCUGUUCUUUAUUUUGCUAAUGUUGACAGAUGUUACUGGUUUUAUUGUAAAGUUGAUAAUGGUAAAUAAAUGUUGGUUACCUGCCCGUU